AUGAAUGCUGAAUGGGGAGCCGACUACCAUGCAAACAUAAACUUGCAGAUGAGCUAUUGGGUUGCGGAUCAAACGGGCCUCGGAAGCACCUUGACCGCUGUUUGGAACUUUAUGCGAGACACGUGGAUUCCUAGGGGCAGAGAGACGGCGAAAUUGCUCUAUAAUGCUCCUGGCUGGACCUCACAUCAUGCCACAAACAUCUUUGGCCAUACAGGCAUGAAGAAUACGGCUCGUUGGUCUAAUUACCCCGCUGCUCCUGCGUGGAUGAUGCAGCAUGUGUGGGACUACUUCGAAUACACCCAGGAUACGACAUGGCUGCGCAGUACGGGCUACCCGUUUCUGAAAGAGGUUGCGCAGUUCUGGCUGUCGCAGUUGCAGAACGAUGGUUACAACGGCGACGGCAGCUUAGUGGUCAAUCCCUGCAACAGUCCGGAACAUGGACCGACCACGUUCGCAUGCACCCAUUUUCAACAGCUUAUCCACCAGGUGUUUGAAGCUCUUUUGAAUGCCGUUGAUCACACGAAGAAUCCCUCAUGUGGGAUGGGGGCGGAAGUUUCCAAAGCAUUACCCAAACUCGACAAGGGUUUACACUUCACUAGCUGGGGCGGCGUCAAGGAGUGGAAACUCCGUGAUGCCGAGGGCUACGACGACAAAAACACGCAUCGCCAUCUGUCCCAUCUUGUCGGAUGGUUCCCCGGCUACUCAAUCUCGUCUUUCCAAAAUGGUUAUCGAAAUGCAACAAUCCAGGACGCCAUAAGAGCCACGUUGAUAGCAAGGGGGACAGGAACGGACGACCAAAACACUGGCUGGGGGAAGGCGUGGCGCGCUGCAUGCUGGGCGCGCCUUAACGACACUGCGAUGGCGCAUUCUGAACUUCGUCUGCUCGUCGCCGAAAACUUCGCGAGCAAUGGAUUGGAUAUGUACAGCGGUCACACACCCCCUUUCCAGAUUGAUGCCAAUUUUGGCUUCGGUGGAGCCAUUUUGAGCAUGCUGGUCGUCGAUCUGCCCUUGUCAUACAAAGAUAGGAGCCAAGUGAGAACUGUUGUCCUCGGUCCGGCGAUCCCCCGAAGCUGGGCAGGUGGCAGUGUCAAGAGCCUGAGGCUGCGUGGAGGUGGUCUGGUGGACUUCACAUGGGACUCGCGAGGCAAGGUCACGAAGGCGCGACUUCGCGGCAACAUCAAACCCCUGAAGUUGGUCAAUGUUGACGGCAGGCCGCUCAACUAG